UAAAGCCGCGCUACGACAUGUUGCGUCACGCUGAAUAAUCCAGAACACUUUACGGCGCUGUUGACAUCUGUAACUUUCAUGAGCCGAGUCGCGUCUCUAUAUUUCUCAGGGCAUGGUUUAGCUCUAAAUGAGUGUUUUCGAUCUGUUUCGCGGGUUCUUCGGGGUGCCUGGAGGCCACUACCGAGGCCGAAGGGACCCCUUCUUUGACGCCAUGACGCAUGACGAUGAUGAGGAUGAUGAUGACGACGACGACGAAGAUGGAUUCCGCUACGAUGGCUUCAGAGGGGAGCACGAGGAGCCUUUCGACAGUGCCUGGAGGUUCGGCUUCAGCUUCGGUCCGGACGGGAUGAGGAUCCAGGAGCCUCCAGUGUUCGGCCACGUCCUGAGAGAGAUGGAGGAGAUAUUCUCCCAGCUGGGCCAGUGGGAGGGUCAGCCGGAGGCCGGAGCCCCAGGUGUUCCCAGGAUCAUGCCUCCGCCUCAGGACAAAGCCGAGGGGGGUCAGGGCAGCGGGAACCCUCUGAGAGACUUCAUGUUGAAGUCUCCGGAGGCUGGAACACGAGGGCCGUACGGGUCACCCGGGGGGGACGUCCAGCCUCCUUAUGACUCACCGGAUUUCCCUCGCACGCCUUUUCACGGCUGGACUCCGUUUUCCAAAUUUAAUGACACUUGGAGACAGGGACUACAGAGGAGUCCAGAUGAGGAGCCCAAGGGAGACAGAGAUCUGGACUCUGCGGUGUCGUCCGGUGGCCUGGAUCAGAUCCUGACGCCGCCCGCUGGCCAGACGUCCAGGCCGCCCGGCAGCCGCUCCUUCUUCCAGUCGGUCACCGUCACCAAAGUGGUGAAACCGGACGGGACUGUGGAGGAGAGGCGGACGGUCAGGGACGGCCGCGGCCACGAGGAGACGACGGUCACCCGCUCCGGGGGCUGCGGGACGCUGGCGGGGGCAGAGGACCGGCCAGCGCCCGUGCUGCCAGCCGGUCCACACCGAUUCUCAGACCUGCGGGACGAUGACUCUUUGUUCUCCAAGUUCUUCGGAAGCUCCAAAGAAGCCGGUAUGAAUGUCACAGCUCAGCUGCAGACUAAUGCCAAAAAGCCAAGCAGGGUCCAGGUGGAAGAGAACAAAACCAGAGCCCCAAUCAGAGAUAAUUCCAGCCAGCUGCGGUCAGCUCAGACCAGUGAGGCACACACAAACGCUGCGGCUCCCGGGAUGUCCUACAAAGCCAGCUACUCUCCCCUCCUGAAUGCGACUCCCCAGCCCGGCCGUAAACUGUGUGACGUAGAGCAUGGCUCCGGCCAGAGAGGGCAAACUCUGCUCAGCGAGGCGGACAGCGCCGUGCAGUGUGGCUCCGACCCCCCCGACUACAGCUUCCCGUCCCCGAGAGGCCGCCCGAGACGGGACUCGCAGGAGGAGGAGACGUCAGACAUGGAGAGGCUGCUGAGGAGGUGCAGGGUCAGAAACCGGCUGCUCCGGGAGUGCAUGGCCGAGUGUCUGGGAGUCUACGUCCUGAUUCUGUUUGGAUGUGGCUCCGUCGCCCAGGUGACCACAUCUCUGGAAAAAAACGGCCAGUACCUGUCCAUCAAUCUGGGUUUCGCCCUGGGAGUGACAUUCGGAGUCUUCGUCUCCCGGGGGGUCUCAGGCGCUCAUCUCAAUCCCGCUGUCUCCCUGAGCCUGUGCGUUUUGGGCAGACACCCGUGGCUCAAACUGCCCUUCUACGUCUUCUCCCAAGUGCUGGGCGCCUUCCUGGCCGCGGCCACAGUGGCCCUGCAGUACCACGACGCCAUCCGGACCUACGGCGGCGGUCAGCUGACGGUGACGGGCCCCACUGCCACGGCGGGAAUAUUCUCCACCUACCCAGCCGACUACCUCAGUCUGUGGGGCGGGGUCAUCGACCAGGUGGUGGGCACCGCCGCCCUGCUGCUGGGGGUCCUGGCUCUGGGGGACCAGAGGAACACCGCGGUGCCGGACUCUCUCCAGCCCGUCCUGGUGGGAGCCCUGGUGCUGGUCAUCGGGGUCUCCAUGGGCUCCAACAGUGGCUACGCCCUCAACCCGGCCAGGGAUUUCGGACCUCGCCUGUUCACCUACAUCGCCGGCUGGGGAGUGGACGUUUUCAAGGCUGGCGGGGGCUGGUGGUGGGUGCCCGUGGCGGCGCCGUGCGGCGGGGCGCUGCUGGGGACGCUGGUCUACCAGCUGCUGAUCGAAGUCCACCAUCCGCCCACACUGUCCGACAGCCAGCUCUCAGCUCAGGAGGCCACGGAGGGCAAGACCGGGCUGGAGCUGGAGGGAGUAGAACCAGACUGUGGAAAGGCGGCUUAGUGCUAGAGCUGAGGAGGACAAAAAAAAGAAAAAGAGCCCCUGCUGGAGUACUACAAAAUCAUCUUCAGCUCCUACUGAACUGAAUGAGCUCUCCUCCAGGUAUGACCAAUACCUGACAUUUUAAGGAGCGCCAUCGUCAAGUGCUGAGAGGGGCUGUACUGAAGAUUUACCGAUGGUGGCGUCUCAUCCCUGUGUUAAAACAAGCCUUUAAGAAAUGCUAACGUGGCUGAAGACAUGUUUUGUUAAUAUUGUGAGUUUAAAAUAAAUAAAAGUUUAAAAUAAGUGGAAACGGAGAGCAAACUCG